AGAAAUGUUCCUCAUAGCCUACUACACACUUGAAGAGGCAGAUGUGAUCACGUUGGGGCUUUUUAUAUCACACGCUUCCCUGCUCGUGAAACAAACUCAAAGCGAUCGAAACCCUAAACCCUAUCUCCCACCACAACACAAGUCUUGAAAAUGGAUGCGGUGCCUACACAGAACAUUUCUUCUUCCUUUAGCGUGUCUCAUUCACAGGAAGGCCAAGGGCAAGCUGCUAAGCCAAAGAAGAAAAUCUGCUGUGCUUGUCCCGACACGAAAAAGCUAAGAGAUGAAUGUGUAGUGGAACAUGGGGAAGCUGCUUGUUCAAAAUGGAUAGAUGCUCACCUUAAAUGUCUUAGGGCGGAAGGCUUUAACGUUUGAAAUGAUGACUACAGCCAAAAUGCUAGGAAUAAGUUAGACCAACUUAUUUCUUUUAGAACCUUCGGUUUAUUUAAGAACUAUAAUAUUUGUAAUUUGAUAUUACGUCCAAAAGAUGGACAUCAUUCCUGACAAAUUAAAAGGUUGAUUCCCUUACUGUAACACAUUGCUAAUAUCAUUCGUUCUGUCUCUGCUUCCAUUUAUA